AUGAAUAAUUCAAUUCCCGUUAGACCAUUAGUAGUUUAUUAUAAUUCUCAAAUCAAUGCUCCCUUUGAAGAAUUCUUUCAAAGAUUUUGGGAAAAUUCCAUUUUAGGUGCCACCAGUGCCAACACCAGUGAAAUAGGAGAAUAUAAAGGGUAUUUAGAGGAAAAAAAAGCCGUAGAAGAAUUUGAAAAAAAACGCCAAGAAACCUUAAAGGCGGAGCGACAUAACUUUAAAAAAAUAGAAGGCUUUUAUACUGACAACACUUGGUAUACUACUUUUGCCCAAGAAUUAUUGAGAGCCUUAAAGGAAGAUUUAAUUAAAGAAUUAGUGAUUAUUAGUUCUUUACGAAAAGGUCUAGACGCUGAGGUUGUUCUGAAAGAGAAAAUUGACAAAUUUAAUAAAACAUUUUGUAAGUUUCCUCAAACAAGAGUUUCCUUAACGCAAAAGGUCAAAGACAAAGAAGGCAAGUUUGGUCCUCAACAAACAAUGUCCAACAAAGAGGGGAAAAUUUAUCUACUACCUGAUUACAAGAAGUGCCAAAAAGCCACGGGAACCAAUGUUUUAAAAAGUAAAAUUCAAUGUUAUCAACAAAAAAACAUAGACUUUGCAAUUGGAGCCUUAGAAUACCGCACCAAUAAAUUAGAACAAGCAAUUAAGGCUUUAAAACAACAAAACCGACCAAGUUCUCCAACUCCCACUUGA